GCUCGUUACGGCGGCGGAAGCAGCGGCGCUAGAGUGGGGCGGGGAGCAGAGUGCUAGUGCCCCGGCGGACCGGCGACGCGGGUCCGGAGCCCGAGGACGUCGACCUCACAGGCGGGGAGCGCACGGAAACGAGCUCGAGGCGGUGUGGCGGCCACUCGGCGAAGCACCCAGGUGGAAAUGAGCUCUCAACAGUUUCCUCGGUUAGGAACCCCUUCCACUGGGCUGAGCCAGGCGCCUUCACAGAUUGCAAACAGUGGUUCUGCAGGAUUGAUAAACCCAGCUGCUACAGUCAAUGAUGAGUCUGGUCGAGAUCCGGAGGUCAGUGCCAGGGAGCACAUGGGUUCCAGCGGCUCCCUCCAGGCCCGGGAGGAGAAGCAAGAGCCCGUUGUGGUAAGGCCCUACCCACAGGUGCAGGUGUUGUCUACUCACCAUGCUGUCGCAUCGGCCACACCUGUUGCGGUGACAGCCCCACCAGCACACUUGACGCCAGCAGUGCCACUCUCAUUUUCGGAGGGACUUAUGAAGCCGCCCCCGAAGCCCACCAUGCCUAGCCGUCCCAUUGCUCCUGCUCCACCUUCUACCUUAUCACUUCCCCCCAAGGUUCCAGGGCAGGUUACUGUUACCAUGGAGAGUAGCAUCCCUCAAGCUUCAGCCAUUCCCGUGGCAACCAUCAGUGGACAACAGGGACAUCCCAGUAACCUGCAUCAUAUCAUGACCACAAAUGUACAGAUGUCCAUUAUCCGAAGCAAUGCUCCUGGGCCCCCACUUCACAUUGGAGCUUCUCAUUUACCUCGAGGUGCAGCUGCUGCUGCUGUAAUGUCCAGUUCUAAAGUAACCACGGUCCUGAGGCCGACCUCACAGUUGCCAAAUGCUGCCACAGCACAACCAGCAGUACAGCACAUCAUUCACCAACCAAUCCAGUCUCGUCCCCCUGUGACCACCUCUAAUACCAUGUCCCCUGCUGUGGUAGCAACUGUCUCGGCCACCAGAGCUCAGUCUCCAGUCAUCACUACGACAGCAGCACAUGCCACUGAUUCAGCAUUGAGUCGGCCUACUUUGUCUAUCCAGCAUCCACCGUCUGCAGCAAUUAGUAUUCAGCGUCCUGCCCAGUCACGGGAUGUGACGACAAGAAUCACACUACCAUCUCACCCUGCAUUAGGGACACCAAAACAGCAGCUUCACACGAUGGCUCAGAAAACCAUAUUCAGUACUGGUACACCAGUUGCUGCAGCAACAGUAGCACCUAUUUUGGCAACCAACACCCUUCCUUCAGCAACCACAGCCGGAUCUGUGUCACACACACAAGCUCCCACGAGUACAAUUGUUACCAUGACAAUGCCCUCCCAUUCAUCCCACGCGACUGCUGUGACCACCUCCAACAUCCCAGUUGCUAAGGUGGUGCCUCAGCAGAUCACACACACUUCUCCAAGGAUCCAGCCUGAUUAUUCUGCAGAGAGAAGUAGCCUGAUUCCCAUUUCAGGACACCGGGCCUCUCCAAAUCCUGUGGCCAUGGAAACACGAAAUGACAACAGACCAUCUGUUCCUGUGCAGUUUCAGUACUUUUUGCCAACUUACCCACCCUCUGCAUACCCCCUGGCUGCACACACCUACACCCCAAUCACCAGUUCUGUGUCCACUAUUCGACAGUACCCAGUUUCAGCUCAGGCUCCAAACUCUGCCAUCACAGCUCAGACUGGUGUUGGGGUAGCAUCUACAGUCCAUCUGAACCCCAUGCAGUUGAUGACAGUGGAUGCAUCACAUGCACGACAUAUCCAGGGGAUCCAGCCCGCACCCAUCAGUACACAGGGGAUACAGCCAGCACCCAUCGGGACACCAGGGAUACAGCCAGCACCAAUUGGCACACAGGGAAUCCACUCAGCAACUCCAAUCAACACUCAAGGGCUUCAGCCUGCACCAGUGGGUACUCAACAACCACAGCCUGAAGGAAAGACUUCAGCAGUGGUGUUGGCAGAUGGAGCCACGAUUGUAGCCAAUCCUAUCAGCAAUCCAUUCAGUGCUGCUCCCGCAGCAACCACGGUGGUGCAGACCCACAGCCAGAGUGCUAGCACCAAUGCUCCUGCCCAGGGCUCGUCUCCCCGGCCAAGCAUCCUCCGGAAAAAACCUGCAGCAGAUGGAAUGGCAGUUCGGAAAACCCUCAUUCCUCCUCAGCCUCCUGAAGUGGCUAGUCCUCGAGUGGAGAGCUCUAUUCGGAGUACAUCCGGGUCACCUAGGCCUGCAGGGUCAGUUCCUCCGCUGGCCACCAACACUGUGUCUCCAUCUCUCACAUUGCUGGCGAAUAACCUGUCCAUGCCUACAAGUGACCUACCACCUGGUGCCUCCCCAAGGAAAAAGCCUCGGAAACAGCAGCACGUGAUCUCAACAGAAGAAGGGGAUAUGAUGGAGACGAACAGCACUGAUGACGAGAAGUCUACUGCCAAGAGUCUGCUGGUGAAGGCUGAGAAGCGCAAGUCCCCUCCCAAGGAGUAUAUCGAUGAAGAAGGUGUGAGGUAUGUCCCAGUUCGUCCAAGACCUCCCAUUACUCUGCUUCGUCACUACCGGAACCCUUGGAAAGCUGCCUACCACCACUUUCAGAGGUACAGUGAUGUCCGAGUCAAAGAUUCCCUCAUUGUCUCUGACUUUGAGAUGUUUGUGGUUCUGUUUGUGUUUGUCACACUUACAAAUCUGGAACAUGAUAUUUUUGAAAGACUUAGCAACCUACAGGAAGGAAUUAUCCCAAAGAAAAAAGCUGCAAUUGAUGAUGAUCUGCACCGAAUAAAUGAACUAAUACAGGGAAACAUGCAGAGGUGCAAGCUUGUGAUGGAUCAGAUCAGUGAGGCCAGAGACUCCAUGCUUAAGGUUUUAGAUCAUAAAGAUCGUGUCCUGAAGCUUCUAAACAAGAAUGGGACUGUCAAGAAAGUGUCAAAAUUAAAGCAAAAGGAAAAAGUCUAGACCAAGAAGAAUCAA